AUGAACUCAGAAUCGUUGCUUAAUCCAAAAAAGAGAGAAGCACCUGAACCAGUUGGGAGGCCUCUAAAGAGACUUAAUCAGAAUGAUUAUAUAUCUAAUAAUUUUAAGAGCGAUGAAGAUGAAAAAAUUGACAUGCUCAUUAAAGAUAUAAAAAGAGAUCCCUAUUUUUCUGAUGAUAAUUUAGAAUUUAUCAAGUUUGAGCAUUUAAAAGAUGUAGAAUACCGAUUAGAAGGUGGAUUCAGUAAUCUUGCUAGUGAUUUAACUCUUUCAGGAUCAAGUUGA